AUGCCACCCAGGAAAGCGGGUCGGUCAGUCGCUUCAGCCACCGCCCCAAGACGUACCCUUCCGAAACGUGCUGGCAGGCAGACCGGUGCUUCAGCUGGCGAUGAUGCCCAGUCUGAGGCUUCCACCUCAUCGCAAACCAUCGAAGGAAUGGGCUCUGGGCGCAAAAGCAAAUCGAGCAGCGCCACCAACCGCAGACAUCCCAUGCCGGGACGAGGGAAUAAUGGUGAGUACGGAGGGCGUGGAAGGAGGAUUGCGGUGAGGUGUUCCAAUCCAAGCGUGGGACUUCGGCGAGCGUGUAGACGCCAUGAAUGCGCUGUCUGACUCCCUGCACUUGCCUCACCCGCAAGGCGAACGAGUGACUCGAAGCAGUGGGGCCAGGCUCACAAACGGGCUCGAGCACCCCGCCCAAGUGGAGAAGGAGCUCAAUGCACAGCUACGCAACAUGCGAUUGUAUGCCGUCAAUACUAUGGGCGACGGCAAUUGUCUGUUCAGAGCGCUGUCCGACCAAUUCUAUGGCUUUCCGGACUACCAUGCCGUCAUUCGGGAAGAGGUGAGUUGAGCGCUUGAUCUUCACCUGCGGUGCCAGCAUAGCUGAGCUUAGGGACCCCGCCUUCAGGUCUGCGACUACCUUGCCGCCAAGCCAGAAAAGUUUGCAGGCUUUCUCGACGUCGAAAAGACUUUUGAGGAUUAUGUGCGCGGCAUGAGGACGAAUGGUGAGUAGCCCUGCGAGCAAGCUGCAAUUGCCCCUUCAAGCUCAUGACCUCAUUGCGCAAUUUGCAGGCACGUAUGGCGGCCACCUCGAGCUUUCGGCGUUUUCGCAACUCUUUCAAAAAGAGAUUAAGAUCAUGCAGCCUGGCUUGGUGUAUAUCGUCUCGCCAGUAGAUGACAGCGAGGCUCCGAGCGCAUCUGCAGAGCGUGAGCGGCGCGAAGCCGAGCGCCAACGUAUCCAACAAGCGAUCCCUGUCGGCACAGAGACACCUCUGCUCUCGGAUCGCGAUGUUCGCAGACGCAGAAGAGAGCGGAAAGCGAGCAAUGUGCCAAUUGGAUGCAUAUCCGAUCUCGGUCUUGAUGCUAGCACGAGCGCGAGCCCAUCUGCAUCGACUUCUAAGGCUGUAGAACCUCAACCAAAGGCUGCUGAAGCGUGGGGACCCCUCUACAUCGCCUACCACAAUUGGGAGCAUUACAGUUCAAUCAGGAAUGUGGAUGGCCCGCACAAGGGAUUACCUCGGAUCAAAGAGGUGAGCAUAUCGGAGCGUGGCCACGAGUCGUUCUGAGCUGACAAACAGUCCCGUCCACCGUCACACAGCGACCUGCCAGUAAUGCUUCGCAAGGUGGUCCUAUCCAUGAACCCAACGCCACCUCAGCAGACGCGCCCGAGUCAACUGAUCCGACUUCCGAGGAAGAGCUUCUCAUGCGCAGCACAGAUUCAACCAUGACAGUCACGCGAGCCAGAUUCUACAUUCGACAGCAUGGCAGCUGGGAGAAUGCCCUCGAAGCAUGGCAAGCGGCCGCCAUGGCAGACGCAGCUGAUGCCGAAUUGCAAGCUGCCGGCGAGAUGCUGGUCUCUCGAGCGCAAGACUCGUCAGCUACCUGUCUCAGCCCACGCUCGGAUCGAAGCGGAUCGGUCGGAAACGAAGAGGACGCUGCUCAGAGCAGCAGCGCGGCAAGUGUCGACCUUGCUACUUCUGCAGCUACCACCGUUGCAGAAAGCGACGAUGACGAUCCGGAAUAUGAGUCGGAUGACAAGGCAUCGCAUAUCAGCGAGCAAGGUCAACGGGUUGCGGGCAAGGCGCCGAAACGUGCCGCAAGCAGGGAUCUUGUGAGGGAGCAAGGCAGCGCAGACGUUUCGGGGCGCUCGCGCGUUGCGAGGAAACGCAGUCAAACACCUCCAGGCGACGACGGAUGGGUUGACACAGUGAGCAGACGUCCAAAACUGCUCGGAAGCAGCAGUCCAAGUGCGGCUUCGGCGGGGAGCGGAUCCGCAAGCGCGACCAGCGUCGGUACUCGCAUUGCGACCUUGAGGGUAUCAGACGAGACGAACCGACUUCUUGGCUCGGCGAAUUCAGACGAGUCGGUAGCUGCCUCGACGAAGACUUUAGGGAAAGAGAGACCCUUGACAGCCAAGCAGAAGCGUGACGCCGCCCGGCAGACGCGAGCACAACGCAACGACGCGGCCAACAGGGCGCGCAUGCAGUCCCGAAGAAGAAAGGUACUAGGAGAAGGCUUUGACAACGCUCAGAAGUUGGCAGAGGGAGAGACGGACGCGGAUUCUGCCAGAGGCUCGGAAAGUGGUAUCGGGCUUCUCGAAGUGCAUAUCUAG